AUGGCCAAUUCAACUGAAUAUUGGGUGGUGGCAUUGUAUUCUGGAUUGGCCAUCACGGGUUUACUCGGCAAUCUGUGGGUUCUACUGAGUGUCACUGGGGAAAUGUUUCGUUGUUGUCGCCCACAGUGGUCGAAUGUACGUUGUAAGCCAACAAUGCUGUGUUCAGCAACAAUCUAUUUAUUGAUUCUGUCGGUUGUCGAUUUGAUCUCAAUGCUGCCUGUGCCAUUAUUAGCUACAGAUAUAAUUCAUAAUGAGUGGCCAUUCGGCUUAUUUUUGUGUAAAUUGAUAUUCUUCUGCGAAGGUGCUAAUAAGUCCCUUUCGCCACUUGUUUUAACUGCGCUAAGUGCUGACCGUUACGUGGCUGUUUGUCGUGCCACAUUGGUCUGGUUACGUCGUUCCAAGUUUGCGUUACUCCUUCUUUUGGCUUGUUUUUGUUUUUCAUUAUUCUUCAUUAUGCCAGUUGUUUAUUAUGCUGAAAUUAAUAAUAUGGUUGAUGCUAACUACAAAGAACAUCCCAAAUGCGUCGUGCAAAUGUCAAGAAAUUUCGAUAUUGCUCACGUUUUUACGUGUUACUUGAUACCGUUACUACUAAUCUGUUCGGUUUAUGUGGCCAUUCUUCAUCGUCUUUAUCGCCAUACUCAUAACAGUACAGUUGGUAGACGUACAAGCAUAUCGCUUGGUAGAGUUCUGAAAUGCUCUGUUUUUGUGGUGGCUUACUAUUUUGUUUGUUGGACUCCUUAUUGGGCUCUAAGAAUAGUAGCAAUUAUACAAGGUUUGUUUAUUUAUCAACAUUUCUUUAUGAUUGAUGAUCGCGUUGAUCGACAAAUGCUCCCUUAA